UGCUUUGAUUUGUCUCACAACGUUGUGCAAAACAAUAUCAAAAUCAAAAUGUUUAAAAUGUGGUACCAUAUCAUCGUAGUGUGUACUGUUGUGUUUACCUUUGCUGUCACGACUUAUGCACAGCGCGAUCCUUGUGCGGGCAUUCCCGAUGGAAUGUUCGUCAAUGAUUUCACGAGCUGCGAAAGCUAUUUCUUGUGCCUCGGUGGUGUUCCUACGCAAGCCCACUGUCCACCCGGGUUUUACUUCAACGAGGCGCAGCAACUGUGUGAUUUUCCGCAGAAUGUAUUCUGUCACGUGUGCAACCAGCAGACCGGUGUGCAGCUGUUUCCACAUCCGACGAAUUGCAAUCAGUUUAUCACAUGCUCGAGCGGAAUUUCCUUCGUGGGAAAUUGCAAACCAGGCGAAACGUACGACGUAGUGCUGCAAGCAUGCAAGAGUGAAAUGCGCGUUGACUGUGACCGCCUACGCUGUCCGGAAGUAGACAAUCCAAAUAUUGUCGUAUUCAUUCCGGGUUUCCAGUCAUGCGAUGAAUACUUCUUGUGUCAAGCUGGGACACCAAUUCAACGAUUCUGCGCUCCCGGAUUGCAUUGGAAUCGAGUAAUUGAACGUUGUGACUUUCCUGAGUUGGCUCAGUGUCCAUUAUGAAAAAAUAUAUCUAGGAUUUAGCAUGUUUAGUUAGUAAGCAAAGAUAAAAAUAUGUAUACGUUCUACAUACAUAUUUUGCUGAACCGAGGUAUUAUGUUUGGCACUCUCGAAAAAUAAAAUAUAAGUGAUCU